CUUACUUUCGGUUUUUAACCAUACUGGAUUUUCCCCUUCGCUCCGAAGGAUGAUUCAAACUUUGUUAUUACCUCACUGCACCUGGUCGUCCAUAUGUCGGAGUUGAUUUAAUUCGUGAAGAACAGGAUUUCGAGAGAUACAGACUCGUGAAAAGGAAUCUUACAGAAAUAUUUCUUGGCAGGAUAAGAAGCUAUGAAUGACAAAGAGGGUAUUGAAGACCUCAAAGACCUCACCAGAAAGAAAGUGGAAGGUAGAGUUCUUACAAAUGAUGACAUAAAACGUUUUGUAACAGCAGUCUCUACCGGUCGAGUAGACGAAAAACAAAUAGGAGAAUUGUUGAGGGCUAUCAAAUCGAAUGACCUGAAUUUAGAAGAAACGGAGUUCUUAACAAAAUGUAUGAAAUCUGAUGACGUUAUAACUUGGCCCGAAAGUAGUAAAGAAAUGAUUGUUGACAAACACAGUACCGGGGGCGUCGGUGACAAAACCAGUCUGGUUCUUGUGCCAAUUCUCGCCUGCUGUGGCUUGAAGAUCCCUAUGGUAUCUGGUAGAGGGCUAGAACACACUGGAGGUACUCUGGAUAAAUUGGAGUCCAUUCCUGGUGUCAAUGUGGACUUCCCUCCCGAAAAAAUUGAACCGAUGGUAGACAAAAUCGGAUGCUGCAUCGUUGGACAAACAAAAAAUUUUGUUGCCGCCGAUAAAGAGUUAUACAGAUUGCGUGACCUCACCGGUACCGUAGAUAGCAAUGGUCUUAUUGCAUCUUCUAUUUUGUGUAAGAAGGCAGCAGCAGGCAUCAAAACCUUACUUCUGGACGUGAAAUGCGGCAAGGCAGCGUUUAAGAAAACUCAGAGCGAUGCUGAAGAGCUGGCCAAUUUGAUGGUUGAAAUCGCUAAUAGGCUCGGCGUCCGGACCACGGCACUUAUUACCCAAAUGGAUCGCCCAAUCGGACUAGCGAUCGGAAACGCUUUAGAGAUUGUGGAAACCCUUAGAUGCCUGCGUUGGCGAUGCCCUGAGUGUGGGGAAUCAAAAAAAUGUACACAGUGCAGAGGGUGCCAGGAUAUCUUAGGUCUUGUGUAUGAAAUAGGAGAACAUUUGCUGUGCAACUCAGGUGUAAACCGGGAUGAGGCAAAGUCGAUGAUGGAAGAGAAAGUAAGGACAGGGAAAGCCUUGAAAUGCUUCGAAAAGAUCAUCAUUGCACAGGGCGCCUCGGUGAAAGCGGCUGAAAGUCUAUGUGAUCCGAAUACAGACUUUAGGACUGGACUUCCUACAGCGAAACACAUAACAUCAUUAACACAGGAAGAAAAUGGAUAUGUUCACGAUAUUGAUGCAAUGAAGUGUGGAGAAAUCUGCUGGAAUCUCGGAGCAGGCAGAUCUAAAUCCGGCGACAAUCUGAAAAUGGGAGUAGGUUUAGAGCUUCAGGUCUGCUAUGGUGACGAGAUCAAAAAAGGUGAUGUAUGGGUCAAAGUUCAUCAUGAUACCGACGAUAUUCCGGCGGACGUACAGGAGCUGUUAAAACAGAUUUUAGUUGUCAAAGACCAGGAGGUGACCAACACAAACGGAUCACGUGUUUUGAAGGUCAUCCCCCCCUAAAACUUGAAGUCGACCGACAUGCAAAAGGAAUUAUGUGCUGGAUACGUUCACGAUAUUGAUGCAAUGAAGUGUGGAGAAAUCUGCUGGAAUCUCGGAG